GGUGUAGCUUUAGGAUUUGUCGGCCUGGUAUUGCGUGAUUGGCUUACGAGAGAGGCGAUACUGGAAAACUGACGACAGAGUAUGCGGACUUCGCAAGCAUCGAGAAGGAGAGGGGUGUGUCAGGCUGUUUUCUUGGCCCAUGCAUCUCGAGCAUUCGUCCAGGUCCAUGCGAUGGACGCUGCGGGCGACAGGCAACGGGUCCUCGAGGUCUGAGCCGAUCAUCGCAUUCUCUUACCGAUGCCACGAAGGCCGUGAUUUCCUUGCUUCCUUCCGCGCCGGCUUUGACUCACCUGCUUUCGCACUGCCUUCACCUUCUUUGCAUCCGACGUGCCGCGAUCCUGGAUCCAGCCCAAUGCGCGCGUCUACGGCCGGACACUGCCGGCACUUUUACUGGUGCUCGUAGUGGCGGUUCCCGUGCCGCCAUCAUUCGCGCGUAGUACCGCCAGCCAUGGCGACGCUCCUGAAUCGCGUGCAGCGCAUGUGGCGGGACCGGUGGCUGGGGCUCAUCCUCGGCAUGUGGCUGCAGGCGUGCGGGGGGAUCUCGUACGCGUUCUCGCUAUACUCCGCCGCGCUAAAGAACAAGCUACAGUACUCGCAAGAACUGGUGGACGGGUUAGGAACCGCGAAGGAUAUUGGCGGGAACGUGGGGAUCGUGUCGGGGCUGCUGAUCGACCUCAUGCCCGCGUGGGCUAUCCUCGCUAUAGGCGCGGCCAUGCACCUGUUCGGGUACUCCAUGCUGUACAUGGCGUCAAUGGGGAUCACUCGCCCUCCCUUCUGGCAGAUGUGCGUCUUCAUCAUGCUCGGGACCAACGGUGCCACGUGGUUCAACACGGCUGUGCUCGUCACAUGCAUCCGCAACUUUGAGGGCGACAGGGGCGUGGUGGUGGGGCUGCUCAAGGGCUUCAUCGGGCUCAGCGGGGCCAUCUUCACGCAGCUCUACACAGCUCUGUACGCGCCCCACACGGCCCCGUUCCUCCUGCUGUGCGCGCUGCUGCCCCCUGUGGUGGCCCUGCUCGCCAUGGCUGUCAUCCGCCCCAUGGACCCGCGCCUGCUCGCCGCUGCCAAGAGAGAUGCGGGCGAUAACUCCCGCUUCCGGUUCCUCUAUGUCGUUGGAGUGGGCCUCGCGCUGUACCUCAUGCUAGUCAUGGCCCUGCAGGAGUCCCUGUCUCUCUCUCGCCCCUAUCGCCUUGUCUUCAUGACGGGCAUGCUGCUGCUGCUGGUUCUCCCCAUCACUCUCCCGUGGGUCAAAUCAAGUGCCCCCAUCGGCUCCAAGAUUCCACUCCACAUGUCACAAGACUAUCACCACCUCCGCUCUUCCGACACCUCUUCUGCUAUCUCUGCUGCUACCUCUUUCAACUCGAAGCCCACUGGCAUGCGCAUAGCGACUCAUGCAGAUGCACGCACGGAUCACUCCUCGCCACGUGGUGCGGAUGACAGCACUGCUGGAGAGACCUUCCCUCUGCUCUCUCAUCCCAGUCACACUGACAGCAGCAGCAACAGUGGUAGGGUGGGCAGCAGUUGCAGCAGCGCUGGCGUGGGGGUGAUGAGCCGAAGGGGCAGCUGUGAGUCAUUCAGCGACACCGAAGGAAGCCCUCUCAGGGCGACGUCCUUUACAAGCACACCCGCUACCGACGGUAGUGCAGGGCGCGCGAGUGAACGGGCUGGCAGCCCGGGGGUGCGAGGGUCGGCCUUGGGGCAGGGAGGGAGCAGUGGGCAGGGCAGUGGUUUGGGAGGCAGUAUGGGGGGACUGGUGGUGCCGUUGGUGGUUUCGUGGGUGGUGGCGUGGGUGGUGGCGUGGGUGGUGGCGUGGGUGGUGGCGUGGGUGGUGGCGUGGGUGGUGGCGUGGGUGGUGGCGUGGGUGGUUGCGUGGGUGGUUGCGUGGGUGGCGGCGGGGAGGAUGGGAGGGACGGCAAGUGCCAGGAGAGUGACGGCAGGGGUAGUACGCGUGGGGUUGUGGAGGAGGUGCGAGGGCAGAGAGGGAAUGCUCUUCGAGUGGGCGUGGAUCACACGCUGGGGCAGGCUGCUGUGACUCCUGAAUACUGGCUGCUGUUCUUCGCCAUGGGGUGUGGCACGGGGUCAGGGCUCACUGCCAUCAACAACCUGGCGCAGGUGGCGGAGUCUCUUGGUUCUGCGAGUGUGGGCGCCCUUGUUGCUCUCGUCAGCAUCUGGAACUUUCUUGGAAGGAUGGCGGCUGGCUACGUGUCGGAGCAGUGCUUGAAGCGCUUCUGCACACCACGCCCGCUGUGCAUGCUGCUGGUGCAGGCGGCCAUGGGGUGCGCACACCUGCUCUUCAGCAUCGGGGACCCUCUGCUUCUUUACCCCGCAGCGGCGCUGGUAGGGGCGGCGCACGGGGCGCAUUGGACGCUGAUGGUCACCACUGCGUCUGAGCUGUUCGGGCUAAAACACUUUGGGGCGCUUUACAAUACGCUCAGCAUCUCAUCCACGGUGGGCUCCUACUGCCUCUCCGUCAAGCUAGCCGGCUACAUCUACGACCGUCAAUCCGCCAUCCAACGGUCAGCUUCCCUCCACCUGCAAGCCCUCUCCUCCUCCUCCUCGCUUGCCUCUCCCUCCGUGUCUCCUAUCACAACCACCGCCACCACUGCUGCAACUUCUGUGCCUGCACUGUCUUCCACAUCCAGGGGGCAAUGGGCAACAGGGGCAGCAGGGGCAGCCGAGCUGCUAUCAGGGAAGUCAGAGCUGCCCCACCGGUGCAUGGGGCCGGCUUGCUUCCGCCUGACCUUCCUGGUGAUGGCCCUCGUGUGCCUCGCUGGCAUCUGCGCCCUCCUCAACCUGGUGGCGCGCACAAGACGGCUCUACCAGGAGUUCCAUAAAGUCCAACGGAGUUGAAGUCAGCUACUGGUUGAAGGAAAACAUGUGUAAAGUUAACAAACACUAUGAUACAUGUGUCAACAUAUAAUUUGUAUAUGUUAUAGGCUAGCUAAGUGCAUGCUUAUAUAGAGUACAACCCCUUUGGUUAUAUCCCCUUGUACCACCUCAAUCUAGUCAAUCAUUCUCACUUUCACAUGGUGUGUCCACUGUGUGCAGUCUAAGCUCCCUUGCUGCGUUAGGCAUAGGACCCUCUGCCUAGGCUCUACGCUAGCCCCUUCGCCGGCUGACGCUACUGCGUCGCUCUCCUUUACGCUCGACUCUGGAGCGUCCGCCUGCUUGUUUCACGACCACACUGCGCUCACCCCGCUUGCUGUCCCUGCCAUUGUUGCACUUGCUAAACCUUCCUCAGUUCUAAUAGUGGCACGUAGCUCCACUACCCUUCCCUGUCCGGCAGUCCCCUCGAGCUCUCAUACAGGCCUGCACAUCCUCUCGCUCUAUAGGAACCUAGUUGGUGUCGGCUGUCUUCAGGACCUCGGCGUCACCACUACGUUCUCCGAACACGAGCGGUACGCGGUCUGUACCGAGGCCCCCACUGGUGCCCCUCUGACCACGUUCCCCCAGAACCCGUGUCGGUCGCUUACUCACCCGUCGCUGCUGUGGCACCGCCGCCUAGGUCACCCCGCACUCCCCCGUCUACGUCACAUGUCCCAGCACGGUCUUGUCCUAGGUCUCCCUACGUCGCUCCCUGCCCUCCCUUCCUUGCCUGUGCCGCCGUGCACGCCAUGCGUCAAGGGCCGGCUGCGCCAUGCUCCUCACUCCUCCUCGCUUUGCCCCGCCACCUCGCUAUUCCAAACCC